CGAAGAAGAUUUCGGCGGAAGAAAUCGAGCGCAUUAGUAAAUCCAACGUUUUGUCUGUGAAAACGUAUAAAAGUUUUAGCUUUAAGAUGGAUGAAGUGGAGAUGAUGAGUGAAGGAGUCGUGGAAGAGAAAAAAACAGAUUCGAAAAUAAAACCAACAAAAACGGUAAAAAUAAAGAAAGUACGAAGAAGAACAAAAGGUCUUUUAAAAAAUAUACUGAGUCAGAUGGAGUUUUAUUUCAGUGAUUCUAAUCUACAGAAAGACAGAUUUAUAAAACAUGAAAUAGAUAAAGAUCAACAGGGAUAUGUUGACCUUAGUUUAUUUUUGAAGUUUAAUAAAAUCCAAAAAAUGACGGAAGAUUUGACUUUAAUUUGUAAGGCUGUCAGUAAAUCUGAAAAACUCAAGUUAAAUGAAGAUCGUAGUAAAGUAAAAAGAGUCAGUCCAUUUGUCGAGCGUGAUAUCGCCGAUAUUGACAGUAGAACAGUUUAUGUGGAAUGUUUACCAAGAAAUGUUGAUCAUGAAUGGAUGAAGCGAGUGUUUUCAGAAUGUGGCGUGGUUAAUUACGUCAGUUUACCCAAGUUUAAAUCUACUGGAGAUACCAAAGGGUUUGGUUUUAUAGAAUUUGAAACACGAAAGGCAGCCGAAAAAGCUUGUGAGUUAUUAAAUAAUCCUCCAUUAGAACUUGGCGCCAGACCAGGAAAAUUUCCUAAAACGAACAAACAGUUGGAGCAGUUAAAGAAACAAGGCGUCGUAGAAGAAGAGACAGAAAUGGUGACAGAAAUUCCAGAACAAAAAUCUGAAACUAUUUUAACGAAAGGAAAACGUAAGAGGCAUAGGAAUACAAGUGAAAGUAGUGUAGAUUAUUCAGAUUCUACAACACCAAAAAAACUGAAGCAAUCAACAUCGGAGGAUACCUUGGUAACGGAAACAAAAGAUGAUGGGCCAAGAAAGUCACUGGAUGGUAAAGUAGAAGAUGACGUUUCACGAUCUAAGAAAAAAAAGAAAAAGAAGAAAAAUCGCCGAUCCGUAGAAGCUAAUAAAACAGACGAGGAAUCUGAAUUUACAGAUAUUUGUCAUGGAGAUAAUAAAACUGACACAGUGUGUAACCAAGGUGAUAAAAUUGAAAGUAAACAGGAAAGUGAAAGUAAAGAUUCUAAAGGUGACUGUAAAAAAACUGAUGGUGGUGUCGACAAAAGUAAUGAUAGUUCCAAUUUAAAACGUAAACGUUUAUCGGAAGACAAUAAAUGUGAAGAGCACAGUGAUAGCAGUGAUGUAUCGCCACAGAAACGAAAGCGAAAAAUGGAAGAAAGUGUGGACUGUAGUUCUGAGUCAGAUAUAAAAUCUAAAAAGAAAUCUCGGAGUAGUGUAGAAUUCUCCGACCCGGUCGUUCAAACUGUGAAAUUAGAAAAAAGUCAAGAUACAGGUCCUGGAGAGAAGAAAAAGAAAAAACGGAGAAAGAGGAAGAAGAAAGAAAUUAAAGAAGCUGAAACUUUACAUCUACGAGUUUUACCAAAAACAGAGUGGUUACAACUACGAAAACAGUAUCUAAACAUACAGAAAACCAAUAUGUCUACCUUAAAGAAGAAAUUACAGCAAAUACAGAAAGAAAAUAAAGCGGAAAUGUUGGAUAGCAGUAAAAAGGGAGAUAAUAAGACAAUUGAAUAUAUUCCUGGUGUUAUCGUGCACAUCGAAUCACAGAUACCAUUAGAGAAAAAAGAAAUGAGGGAGAUAUUUAAUGAAGAUAUAAAGAUAGCAUAUAUUGAUGUAACCGAUGGUAACAAGUCAGGAUAUAUCAGAUGUAAAGAUGUCUAUAGUGCCAUGAUGGUUGUCAAUAGCAACAUAGAAUACUAUAAACUAGAUCUUUUAUCAGGAGAAGAAGAAGAAAAUUAUUGGAAGAAAUUGAAAUCUGAUCGAGAGAACAAACUCAACAAUAAACAAAGACCUAAAAAACGUGGAAUGCAGAAGCUGAUUGAUAAAGCCCAGAAAAUAAAUGCAGAAGUUUUGGAUAAGAAACAUGUGUUUUUUGAAGAUUGAGUUGAUUCAGUGUUACUAAACAGAUUGUUGGCGUGACCGCUGCUUGUACUGUUUGUUUUGAUGGUGCUGAACGUCCACUUCCACCAAGGAUGAUAUCCCUGACUAGAAUCACUCCCAGACGAACUACUAUUACUACUUGUACUGAUUGGGAUCCCAGCUGAAUGAAAGAAAUUGUUUGGUUGUAAUUAUUAACUAAUCAACUGUUUAAAUAACAUUUAUAAACACAACUGGAUUGACUGAACACCAAAGUUGUAUGAGGGCCCUACACUGUUAGAAAUCAUUGUAAUUUUACAAUUGUAAAAGGGUUUACAAUAAAUAUCUUGUUAUCUAUAUGUUAAA